UUAGAUGAUACCAGAGAGCAAGAGAGAGGAACUGGGGUUUGCGAACCUUGUGGCUUUGUCUGUUUCCUGUUUCAGCAAGGCUGCUGUGCAAAAAGAAAGACGGUACCAAGAAGGGACGUGUUAAUGGGGCGCAGACCUAUGGAUUGAAAGCGUGUGCUUUACCCAUCUGCUGUCUUGCUCCAUCUGAGACCAGAGCCAAGAUCUGCCCAGGACUGGAAUGCUUUCCUGAGUGGCUUGAGUUGGAGCCUGGGACUCGGAGAUCCAGGCAUCUAUUCCAGGAACUGGAAGCCAAGCGCAACAGGUGCUUGGAGGUCAUCAUGAUCAGCUCAGACCCCAGGCCCUCCCCUGGCUUGGCCCGGUGGGCUGAGAGCUAUGAGGCCAAGUGUGAGCGCAGGCAAGAGAUCCGUGAAAGCCGCCGCUGCCGUCCCAAUGUGACCACUUGCCGCCAGGUGGGGAAGACGCUGAGGAUCCAGCAGAGAGAGAAGCUCCAGAGAGCUCGACUGCAGCAGUUCUUCAGGAGGAGGAACCUGGAGCUAGAGGAGAAGGGCAAAGCGCAGCGUCCCCAGGCCAGGGAGCAAGGGCCCUCCAGGUGGCCAGGACAGGUGACUGUCCUCAAGGAACCCUUGUCUUGUGCCAGCAGGAUUUCUUCUCCCAGAGAGCAGGUGACAGGCACCAGCUCUGAAGUCUUUCCAGCCCAGCAUCCUCCUCCCUCAGGCAUCUGCAGGGAUCUGUCUGACCACCUCUCCUCACAGGCUGGGGGCCUUCCUCCACAGGACACUCCCAUCAAGAAGCCACCCAAACACCACCGUGGUACUCAGACAAAGGCAGAAGGACCAACAAUUAAGAACGAUGCCAGUCAGCAAACCAAUUACGGAGUUGCAGUUCUGGAUAAGGAAAUCAUCCAGCUUUCUGAUUACCUCAAAGAGGCCCUACAAAGGGAGCUGGUCCUAAAACAGAAAAUGGUGAUUCUCCAAGACCUACUGUCCACUCUGAUUCAGGCCUCUGACAGCUCUUGGAAGGGACAGCUUAAUGAAGACAAAUUGAAGGGGAAACUGAGAUCCUUAGAAAACCAGCUGUACACCUGUACCCAGAAAUACUCCCCUCGGGGAAUGAAAAAAGUACUACUGGAGAUGGAAGACCAGAAAAACAGCUAUGAGCAGAAGGCCAAGGAGUCACUGCAGAAAGUGCUGGAGGAGAAAAUGAAUGCAGAGCAGCAACUACAGAGCACACAGCGAUCCCUGGCCCUGGCAGAGCAGAAGUGUGAAGAGUGGAGGAGCCAGUAUGAGGCUCUGAAGGAGGACUGGAGGACCCUUGGGACCCAGCACAGGGAGCUGGAGAGCCAACUCCACGUGCUUCAGUCCAAACUGCAGGGAGCAGAUAGCAGGGACUUACAGAUGAACCAGGCCCUGCGAUUUUUGGAAAAUGAGCACCAGGAACUGCAGGCCAAGAUUGAAUGCCUGCAAGGGGACAGAGACCUGUGCAGCUUGGAUACCCAGGACCUACAAGAUCAACUAAAAAGGUCAGAGGCGGAGAAACUCACCCUGGUGACCAGAGUACAGCAGUUGCAGGGUUUGCUUCAGAAUCAAUCCUUACAGCUUCAAGAACAGGAGAAACUCUUAACAAAGAAAGAUCAGGCUUUGCCCGUGUGGAGUCCAAAGUCCUUCCCUAACGAAGUGGAGCCUGAGGGUACAGGGAAGGAGAAAGACUGGGAUCUCAGAGACCAGCUGCAAAAGAAGACUUUGCAGCUCCAGGCCAAGGAAAAGGAGUGCAGAGAACUGCAUUCAGAAUUAGACAACCUCAGUGACGAGUAUCUCUCCUGCCUGCGUAAGCUGCAGCACUGUCGAGAAGAGCUGAACCAGAGCCAGCAGCUGCCUCCCAGAAGGCAAUGUGGGCGAUGGCUCCCAGUGCUGAUGGUGAUGAUUGCUGCAGCACUGGCAGUGUUCCUGGCCAAUAAAGACAACCUGAUGAUCUGAAUAAUUUGUGACAACUGCCUUGGGUGAAAAUCAGAAGCAAGC